AUGCCUGGUUUUCCUCUGGAUUUGAAGAGUGGUUAUUGGCAACUGAAAAUUCGUCCCGAAGAUAGGGAAAAGACUGCUUUUUCUGUGGGGAAUGGACUUUGGCAAUUUGUUGCAAUGUCUUUUGGUCUGUGUAAUGCCCCGGCUACCUUUGAACGUCUUAUGGAACGGGUGCUUCGGAGUUUACUUUCGAAAAUUUGCCUGAUUUAUUUAGAUGAUGAGAUAGUAUUUGGCAAAACCUUUGAGAAAAUGAAAGAGAAUUUAAGAGAGGUUCUUCUGAAAUUUCGUGCUGCGAAACUUAGUGUUAACCCAAAGAAAUGUAAUUUAUUUAGGAGACAAGUAAAAUAUUUGGGUCAUGUUGUUUCUUCUGCCGGGAUCGCUACGGAUCCUGAGAAGACUGAAGCGGUCACUGAGUGGCUAGUUCAGAAUAAGAAACAGGUCCGAAGUUUUCUUGGAUUUUGCUCUUAUUAUCGGAAGUUUGUUAAGGGAUUUUCUUCAAUUGCGAAGCCUUUGUUUAAGUUAACUGAGAAUUUGACUAAAUUUGAUUGGACCGGACAAUGUCAAAUAGCAUUUUUGGGGUUAAAACAGGCAUUAACGUCUGCACCUCUUCUUUCCUUUCCGAAGGGGGAAGGAAAGAUGAUUUUGGAUACGCAUGCUUCAGGUUUUGGAAUAGGGGCGGUACUUUCACAAGUUCAGGACGGCUAUGUGAGGGUCAUUGCUUAUUAUAGUCGGGUUUUGAACAAGCCUGAGCGGAAUUAUUGCACAACAAGAAGAGAGUUAUUAGCUUUGGGGAUUAUACAUGGUAAUACCGAUGGUCUUUCGAGACGCCCUUGUGUAGAAGAAAAAUGUAGAUUCUGUUCUAAAGUGGAAGUUCAGAGAGAGCUUUUUGAGGAUAAAAUAGUUGCUCGUAUUGUUUUGCGUGAGGAUUCUUCUGAGGAUUGGCGAAGGGCUCAAAUAGAGGAUCAGGAACUGGCAAUGUUUUUACUUGCCAAAGAAAAUGAUAUGCGACCUUCUUGGGAGGAAGUUUCUUCGAAAGGAUUGUCAACCAAGAUUUAUUGGCAUCAAUGGCAUGCCUUGGAAGUCCAAAAUGGGAUUUUACAUAAGAGAUGGGAGGCUCCUAAUUUGACAAACAGUUUUCUUCAGUUGAUGAUCCCGCGAAGCAAAGUGAAACAGAUUUUAGAAGAAGCUCAUGAUACUCCUUCUGGAGGGCAUUUCGGGAUCAAUAAAACGCUGGAAAAGAUCCGGAAGCGUUUUUAUUGGGCAACCUGUAAAAAGGAUGUUGAGGAAUGGUGCAGAACCUGUAAGAUUUGUAUUGCGAAGAGGAGUGCUGCGGAUAAGGGGAAAUCUCCUUUGCAGAUCUUUAAUUCGGGAGCUCCUUUUGAGAGGAUUCAGAUGGAUAUUUUAGGCCCGUUACCUGUUUCUUCUUCAGGCAAUAAUUAUCUCCUAGUUGUUGUAGAUUGUUUUACUAAAUGGGUAGAGGCUUUUCCUUUGAAAAAUAUGAGAGCUACUACGGUAGCAGAAAUUUUUGUUCAGGUUGUUUCUAGAUAUGGGGUCCCGUUGGAACUUCAUACUGAUCAGGGAAGGAAUUUUGAAUCACAGCUCUUUCAAGAAUUAAUGAGAAUUUUGGGAAUUAGGAAAACGAGGACCGCUCUUCAUCCUCAGUCUGAUGGUCAAGUUGAAAGACAACAUCAGACAAUUUUACAGUAUUUGUCAAAGACCUCUAAACAUGAGGCUACUGGCGUAACUCCUUCAGAAGGCGUAACUCCUUCCUUUGUUUUGCGGAAGAGAUCUUACCUUGCCGAUGGAUUUGCUAAGAGGUACUCCUCCCAGUUUGGUUUUUCCGAGUCAGCGGAGGAGUACGUUCGGAAUUUGCGGCAGAAGCUGGAUGAAAUUCAUCAGAGAGUAAGAGAGAGAUUAGAAUCAAGGUCUUUGAAGAUCAAAUGCCGCUAUGAUCGAAAGGCUAGGCAUCCCGUUUUUGAGGAAGGACAGAAGGUUUGGUUAUUUAAUCCUCAUCGUAAGAAGGAUAGGUCUCCCAAACUACAGAACGAUUGGGAGGGGCCUUUUGAGAUAAUUAAGAAAAUUAGUGAUGUAGUUUUCUGUAUUUCUCGUUCAGGUGGUCGGAAAAGCAAGGUUGUGCAUGCCGACAGGUGCCGUCCUCAAACGCUUGGUUGGAGUGAUCCGAAAAAUAUCGGCGAUAUACUUCUCAGUCACUCCGCAUCCGCACAGAAAGUCUGCGCACCUCCCAGUGGAAGAAUUGUCUCCAUCGCUUCCUCCCCUGAGUGA